AGAGAGAGAGGUGGAGUAGAGCAAGGGCGACAGAGUACACACGGAGUCAGAGAGAGAGAGAGAGAGAGAGUUAAUGGAGAGAGAGAGGCUACAACUGCGCACAAACACAGAUUUGAUCAGUGAGUUAAAGUCGCUGCAGCAGCCGGUCAGUGCGCAGCGGAGCCACGUCCCUGCGCCUCCACCUCCGACACCACCUCCGACUCAACCCCCGACUCAACCCCCGACAGACUUGUUGAGCCGGAGCCGAGGAAACCAACUAAACUGACGUUCGUUCGCUUUUUUUCUCUCUGAGAGGAAGAAGAAGAAGAAGAAGAAGUUCAGGAACUCUUCUGUCUCUCUCUGCUCUGCGCGAGGCUGGAUUCCAUUUUGGACGUAUAUAUAUAUUUAUAUAUAUAUAUAUAUAUAUUUAUAUGACAACACGUUUGUUGCAUUUUGUAAUGCGGGGUGAUCAGAAGAAACACGCGCGGAACCUGUGGAUUUAAUAUUUAAUAACAGAAAAAGAAAGAGCGAAAGAGAGAAAGAAGGAAAACUGGAUUUGGGACAGACAUUAUUUUUCAUCUGGUGACUUUUUUUUUUUCUUCUUCUUCUUUUUUGCGCAUGAACAUUUGCUUGAAGAGAAAUAUUUAAAAAAAAAAAAAAAAAGAAAAGAAAAAGCAAAGCAAUGGAAGUAAGUGCGGACCAGCCCCGGUGGAUGAGCCACCAUCCCUCGGUGCUGAACGAGCAGCAUCCCGGCUCGCACCACCCGGGCCUCGGCCACUCGUACAUGGACCCCUCGCAGUAUCCGCUCGCCGACGAUGUGGAUGUACUCUUUAAUAUCGACGGGCAGGGGAACCACGUCUCCCCGUACUACGGCAACUCUGUCCGGGCCGUCCAGAGGUACCCCCCGCCUCCCCACAGUAGCCAGGUGUGCCGCCCCUCGUUACUGCACGGCUCGCUGCCCUGGCUGGAGGGGAGCAAAGGCAUCGCCCCGCACCACAGCACUUCCCCCUGGAACCUGAGCCCCUUCCAAAAGAACCCCCUGCACCACGGCUCCCCGGCCGGCCUGUCCGUCUACCCCCCGGCCUCCUCCUCCUCCCUGUCCGCGGGCCACUCCAGUCCGCACCUCUUCACGUUUCCCCCGACCCCGCCGAAAGACGUGUCCCCGGACCCCGGCCUGUCCACGCCGGGCUCCGGCGGCUCCGGGCGGCAGGAGGACAAGGAGUGCAUAAAGUACCAGGUGACCCUGGCCGAGAGCAUGAAACUGGAGUCGGCCCACAGCCGGAGCGUGGCGUCGCUCGGGGGAGGGUCAUCCUCGGCCCACCACCCCAUCGCCACAUACCCACAAUAUGUCCCCGAAUACGGGCCAGGCCUCUUCCCACCAAGUAGCCUGAUAGGUGGGUCCUCUUCUAGUUAUGGUUCCAAAACAAGACCAAAAACAAGGUCCUGUUCAGAGGGUAGAGAGUGUGUGAACUGCGGGGCCACGUCGACCCCCCUGUGGCGGCGGGACGGUACGGGCCACUAUCUGUGUAACGCCUGCGGACUCUAUCACAAGAUGAACGGGCAGAAUCGCCCCCUCAUCAAACCCAAGCGGCGGCUGUCCGCGGCCAGGCGGGCGGGGACGUCGUGCGCGAACUGUCAAACGACGACGACGACGCUGUGGCGGAGAAACGCCAACGGGGACCCGGUGUGCAACGCCUGCGGCCUCUACUUCAAACUGCACAAUAUCAACCGACCUCUGACCAUGAAGAAGGAAGGCAUCCAGACCCGGAACCGGAAGAUGUCCAGCAAGUCCAAGAAGAGCAAAAAGUCCCAGGACAGCAUGGACGACUUCUCCAAGAGCCUGAUGGACAAGAGCAGCUCCUUCAGCCCGGCCGCCCUCUCCCGCCACAUGUCCUCCUUCCCGCCCUUCUCGCACUCCGGCCACAUGCUGAGCACCCCCACGCCCAUGCACCCCUCGUUCGCCCCCCACCACCCCUCCAGUAUGGUCACGGCCAUGGGUUAGACGGAGCUGCCUCGCCGGCGCCCCAGCCCUCGGCCUCGCCGCCGCGCCCCCUCGGUACCUCCGCUGACCUGCUUCCUACAUCCCAAAAAGACAAAUGAACUUGCUCCUCGGCCCUCAUCGUCGUCCCCCCCCGCCCGCCCCCCCGACCUACGCUCCCUCAGCUGUAUCUUAUUUUUAUAAAUAUCCACGUGUACCUCUGCGACGUGAAUUCUUUGCAGACUCGACUCGACUGCGGCGCACCGACCUCCAGGAGGGGGGAGAUUACUUUUUUUUCUGUUUUCCCUCUGACCAGGGAGAGAAAGAACUAUUUCUCGCCCGAGCCGCCGCCGCCACAUCGCACGGCGGCAAGGAAGAGGAGGAGGAGGAGGAGGAGGGGCUCCAUCUGUGUACAAAAAGCCAUUUUUUUCUCUCCACACUCGAGCGUCACAGAAACUGACAUUACAAGGACUUUGUCGACGCCCUCUCCUGUAAUUUCCAAAACCCGCCUCUCUUCACCUUGCACCUGUGUAACAGGAAAGACCCCCGCUCCGCUCCCCUUCCUCCUCCUCCUCCUCCUCUUCCUCCUCCUCUUCUUCAUCAUCUUCUGCUGAAGACGAUGGGGCGGGGGGGGGGGGGGGGGGGGGGGGGGGGGAGACAGACAUUGAAUAUAUUUGUACAAAUUGUAUGAAAUACAGUACAUUUAAUGAAGACUUUUUAAUUAAGUGAGAGGAGAAGAAAAAAGAAAACAAGGAAAUAUGCCUCUGGGCAGCUAAAGACGAGAAGGGUACGAGUCACAGCAGGUGGAGAGACUUUGCCGCCGCCGCCGCCCCCGAGGAGCGAGGAGAGGAGAGGACGCCUCCGAGUCCCGGAGGAACGAGAGAAGAGAGGAGGAGGAGGUGAAGAAGAAGACGGGCGAGAGAGAGAGAGAGAGAGAGAGAGAGACGUUUGAGGAAGGGCAGGCCUCGGCCGUUGCCUUCGUGAAUUGUGUUGCAUUAAGUUUUGGAGAGAGCCGGCGGCUCCGGCUGCAGGCGUCUCUCUUGUUCUUCUUUUUUUUUCUUUUUUUUUUUUUGGAUGUGCUAUAGGUCUCGGGCAAAUUGGUUUGUGUUGACGCGUGGACACACACACACACACACACACACACACACACACACACA